AUCAGCUUAUUGCACUUUGUAACUUGUAGAUGUAAGUUCUGGAUGAAAUGCAGUUUGGAGAAAAGAUUAGAGAAUCCAAAAGUUUAGCUAACAUUAAUUAUAGAAAAGUUAGAUACAAGGAAUUAUCGUUAGCUAGGGUUUCCAAGCCUGGUCCCUGGAGAACCCUCUGUCCUGCACUUUUCCUGCUCUAACACAUCUGAUUCACCUCAGCAAGACUAGUUAAUUAGUUAAUUAGUUAAUUAAGAAUGUGCAGGACAGGAGGUUCUCCAGGAACAGGGUGGGGAACCUGGAGCUUACAGAGACACUUCAAACUUCUCCACAGGAGUCAAGGAGUCGUCGUUUACAAGCUCGAAGCGCGCGCUUUUGCUCUCCAGAAGCGUCUCCUGUCCAGAGGUGCAGCGAUCAUGAGCGCGCCGAAAACUUCCAGGUUUAAGAAAAUCUUCCUGACUUCCAAGUCCAAGUCCCAGGAGAAGGAGGACGGGGAGAAAUGGGAGAGUUUCCCGAGCGAGCGUGCAGAAGCUUCAUCACCCACGAGCCCCAGUGAGAAGAAGAAGAAGAAGCGGUUCGGUUCGUGGCGCUCCAGGAAGAAAGACUCGUCUGAGUCCUUCAGCUUCAGCAGCAACAACAGCAGCAGCAGCGAGCAGCUGGACCUCACCACCAGCCGCAUGAGCUUCGAUCGGAUGAGUAUCCAGACGGAGGACAUCACGAUGAGCGACGCCUGGUCCACUGUGGCGUCAGAGUGCACGUCUGUGAUCAGCCUGAACCUGUCUCCCUCUGAGCCCGUCUCACCCACACGACGUCACAGGAAGAAUUCCGAGGAAAAAGGUGUUGGUGUGCUGAACCGGGUGGCCACGUUCUUCACUAGGAAGCGACGGAGCAGGGCGUCAUCUGACGGGACGGAGGAAAACGCGUCACCUCUUUCAAGCCCCAGCAAGUCUGCAGGCCUGAGGCAGACAUCCACAGAGGGAGAAGAGGUCGAGCAGGGUUUCUUCUCCGAUAAAGGGAGCCCAAGCGUGCAGAGCGUGGCCUCAGUCGUCGCAGACGGAGGCGAACUUCCGUUCGCGGAUAGUGACAGCAGCGGCAGCGUGAGAAGCUUAGUGUUGAAGACAAAAGGCAAAGACGAACAGGGUACGAAGUCGGAGCUGCUGGUGGCGGAGGCGAGCAAGAAACUCCGGGUGUUUCUGGAGGAGAUCAGCGUCACAGACGAAGGACCAGAGAGACAGAUCACGCAGAAAACGAUUAAGAAAUGCACAGAAAUUCCGGUAAAGGACGGCUCCGAACCUAAAUCUCCAGACGUCAAAAAGACAGUUCUGAAACCGGUUGUGGGAGGAAAAGGGAAUUACAGCGCUCUCGCCGGGGUGACGCUGAGCGCCAAGUCUAGGAGCGAGUCAAGCUCUUCGGAUCAAGGCAGCACUGAAAGCAUGGGGAAGAAAACCUCAGGCCGGAGAAGAUCUCGCAAGCUGAGCAGCGGCUCUCAGGAGCCCUUAAGCCCUACGAAACCCUCGUCCCCUGAGGCGGAGAAUGGGUCUGCUCUGGCCUCACCCUCAUCUCUGCAGACUCACAAAGCCGUGUGGGUGGAAACGCACCUGGAGGAGGAAGGGAGCGAGAGCAGCUCACUCGAUCAGGUCACGCCCGUUCGACAAAGCCCCGUGCUGGGCCUCAAAGCUGCACUCAUCGCUCAGGAAGCGCAGGAUUCAGGCUCAGAUUCCUCCGUUUAUCAGGAUGCUGUGGAGGUAAAGACCGAAGACGAACAGGAAGCGAAGACUAAAACUGAGAAACGGAGGAGCGUCAAGCUUUCCACAAGUGAGAAGUUCUUCGCCAAGAGAGUGUGGCUGAACUCGCAGUCGAGUUUGGACGGAGAACAAGAAGACACAAACGCAAAUACGGAUGUAAAUUCCCAGACCAAGCAGAAAUCUGAAGUCAGAAUUCUGCCAAGCCACAAGAACGUCAGUGUGGAAAUUAAAAAACCUGACCAGCAGUCACAUGACUCUAUAAGCGAAAGCAGUGAUGCAUCUGUAAAAGAGCAAGCUAACACAAAACAGCAGCUUGAUAAUGAUGUAGAGAGGCCCUCAGAGCUUCCUAAUAACAUCACAGAUCCCGGAGAGGAUUCACCAGAAAUGCCUGGAUACAAGGGACAGAUCCGAGUUACGAGUUCAGGGGUUAGCAAUCGGCAGACUUCAGCUGCAGCGUCCAAACGCGUGGACAAAGCAAGCAGUGGAACAAAUGGAGCGACUACUGGAAAGGGUCCAGUUCCGCCAGUGGCACCGAAGACAAAAGCCAGUGUGGGUCGAGUUACAAGCCAUGCAGAGGCCAUGAAAGAGGAAAGCACAAGAAAGCCUGCACCAAAUGGCGCAGAGAAAAAGCAAAGUAAAUCUCCAACUACAAAAGACCAGCCUAGUGUGUUCACUAAGCCUACAGACAAGUCAAAAAUUCCGAAGAAGACACCUCCUGAAGUUCUGCCAAAACCGAGCAAAACACUAAACACAAGCAUGACACCCGAUGCAUCAGUUUCCUCUCCAGUUCAGACAUGUGAGACGGCACGGGCUGAGAGAAGUAAAUCCAGCUCAAGUAACAGUGUUACAGAACCCCAGUCACCACCAUCACCACCUGGUAAAAGUGAGACAAGGUCACCUGUUAAGGAAGAGAGAACUGUAGCUGCUGUAGAUGUAGAACCUAGUCAGGCACGUAAAGCUUCUCAUACCAAAGAACCGAAGAAAGGAAAGGAUUCAAAACACAUAAACAGUGAGGAGAAAACAGAGCAGCCAUCAUCCCCUAGUGCUUUAGAGGACACUAAGGAAAUGAGUGACUCUAAAGAAGGUGCAAAGUCAAAAUCACAACCACAAACUCCCACUGAAAAAAGUCCCAAGAGUAGACCAGUGAAACUCUCAGUUAGUAAGAGCUCUAAAGUUGUCAACAAAACUGAAAUUGAUAACAAGACUCGCACUCCUUCAGAGGCAGAGCAACCAGAAAAGACUAGCACAAAGGACAAGGCUACAAAUGAAACAAGAAUCAUCAGGCCAAAGAGUCCAAAAAAGCCCAAGGCUGAAGUAUCACCAACAGGAAGCAGGCUGCCUCGCCUGACUCCGCCUAGUGCUCCAAAACGGCCCACAGAGGACGAAUUUGAUUACGGAGAAGAUGACUCACCCAAGCAACCCUCGCUUUCUGAUGCCAGGCCAGAGAACGAUGAUUCAUCUUCAGUCAACGGUCCUCUUAGCCCUGACAAGUCUGCUGAACGUGACCAAGCUGCUGGGAAUGCUGUGGUGAAGGCUUCACCAGAAACCAAACCUUCACCGCUUCUGAAACGUCCGAAUAAACUUAUAUCCAGAAGCGAGGUGGAAAAAAUGAAAGUAGAACUCGCUUCAGACUCUCAGACUACAGUACAAGUGUCGGACCAGAACGCAGUCAAAGCAGAAGAAAAGCAGAGUGUGAGCAUGGAGACCACAGGAAAUAUUACUGACCUGGAAACGUCAGCUCAAGCAUCUGAAGGGAACAAGGACAAGUCCGAUGUGUCUCAAGUGAAGGAUCAGAGAGUGAACCUGGAAAAAGAGAUGCAGAGUGCAAGUGUGAAGAUCACUGAGCCUACAGCAGAUUUGAAAACUCCACCUCAAGUGCUUGAACAGGAAAUAGAUGUAGCCAAAGACGCUCAGGAUGUGACUGUGAAGACCAGUGAAGAUACUGUAGAUCUAAAAAUUCCACUUGAAGCAUCUAAAAAGAAAAAGGACCAGGCUGUAGCAGACUCGAAAACUCCAGCUCGAGUGUCUAAACAGAAAAUAGACAAGCCUGAAACAGUGCCAAGUGUGGAUGAUAAGAUCAAGGAGCAUAAAACAGACUUGAAAUUAACUCAGGAGGCUGAACAAAAAUCAGAUACGGCUGAAACGGUGCCAAGUGUGGAUAAUAAGACCGAGGAUCAUAAAACAGACUUAAAAUUAACUCAAGAGGCUGAACAGAAACCAGUAAAAGCUAAAAAGAAGGCCAUAGAAGAGACUACAGAGUUGAAAAAUCUACCUGAAAUCUCUAUAAAGGAAACCCAAGCCCAAGAUGUGCAGAAUGCAGAGCGUACAACAGAGUUAAAAACUUCAUCUCGAGUGUCUGAAAGCAAAACAGAAAAGGCUGAAAAAGUGCAAAGUAUGGAUAAGACCAAGGAUCAAAGUGCAGAUCAGGUGUCUGAACAGAAAAUGGACAAAGCUGAAGAAUUGCCUAAAGCAGACAUUAAGGCUGUGGAGAGUAAAGCAAGCUUAAAAGCUCAACCUAAAGUAUCUAAACAGAGAGCGAAGAAGGGUGAAGAAGUGAGUCGUACAUCAGAUUCGACUCCAAGUCAAGCACAUAAACAGGAAGUGGAUAAAGCUAUCAAGUUGCAGGAUGCGAGCGUUAAAUCCGAAGAGAAUAUGACAGACCUGAAUGCUCCACAUCAAGUAUCUGAUCAAGUGAAUACUGAAAAGAUCACUGUUGAAACAAAACCAGAAGCAGGAGGAAAUGACUCUCAACUUGCAAAACCAGUGGAUAUUGGUUCACCUCGAGUAAAAACAGAUCUUAUCAAUAAAGAAACUCUCCCAGCCGCAGAUAAGGAGAAGCUAACUCCUGAAACGGUGGAUGAAAUGUCAAUCAAACUAACAGCGAGCAUCCACGAAGAGAUCAAAGACCUCAAGAAUGGAAACGUUCAGCAAUCUGACAGAGCACAAUUCACACAGGAUGCAUCAAAAUCCUCUACAAAAUCCGAGAGUGAAGAACAGAACAACACGGAGAUGAAUAGUCUUGCGGUAAACGCCCUGUCUGAAACCACAGAGGAAGCAGGUCACAAGGAGGCUGAAGUUUCUGCAUCUGCUCAAGACCACAAAGAUGAACCAAAAGUCUUUAAGUCAUCCAAUCAAAAAGUACGAGCCGUGGCACAAGAUGCACUUAAAUCACCAGCGUCAGAGUCUGUCAAGGAAGAUGUGAAAAUGAAACCCGUUAGCAAGACGGAACUGGAACAUCUUAAGCAUGGAAACCUCAGUCCUGAUCAGAAGCCCGUAGUUAAGAAAGCUGAGCAACCAAAAGGUACAGAGCAAGUGACCUCCCAAAUGGAGAAGACGACUGAGGUUCAAAAAACAAGCACCACCAACCAGAAACAUAAACCCGACCCCACAAAAUCUCAGAAUUCACCCAACUCGGAGAAACUACUUCCACCAAGUAAUAAUUCUCCAAAAAUGACAGCUCAGGACUUUCUUCUGGUCUCUAAAAACCUCUCAAAACAUGAGUCUCCAUCUAGCUGGCUGGAUGUGGACCAAGGUUUUGAGAAGAAGCAAAAUAAGACGGAGAGGAAAAUGGACUGUUCGGCAAGUGACGAAAGCCUCCAGGACACCUCUGAUGAUUCGAAAGACUUCAUACGCAAAAUCAAAGAACUCUGCUCUCCUUUCUCUUUUCCUCCUAAAAAGCAUGGCCAGUCCAGGAUGAUUUCGCCUCCAUUUGCCUUGCCUGCUAUUAAAGAAGACCACUUUGAGAAAGCCUUUGAUCCUGAGGAGUUUAAGUUUGGGAUGAGGAAAACCACAGGCCCAAAAGAUCCAUCUCCGGCCAUGCUGAUCAAGAAGAAAAGCGAAGAUUUGAGAAAUAAACAGCUUCCAAAACGCAAGGGAACUGAAGAUAGUAUGAUCUUUAAAGCACUGGCUUCCAGGCGGGGACAAGAAAAAAACGAUGAGGAAAAGAUUAUGGAGGAUAAGGAGAGUGGGGAAGACCAGGGUAAUGCAGAAAGUUCUGGAAAGGUGUCUUCACGGUUAGAAAGAAUGUCCAUCCUGUCGAACCUCAUGAACAGUUCCAAGAACUCGAGGAGACCUCAAACCCAGCCUGAAGCUGUUGAAAAUGGAAGUGUAUCUCCCACAGUAUCCCAACAAGUUCCAACACCAGGAGACACGAACAAUGCGGCGACGCCUGAAGUUGUGCCUCCGGGACGGGUGGAAGGGAACGUGGCGGAUCUUGUGAUAGAGCCUGGUGUUUCUGGUGAUCCACCAAAGAGCCCACUCAAUCCGCCUUCCCUUCCUAACUUUUCCGAAAUCAAGCUUCCUGAUUUCCUGGGGAAGUACCUGAAGAUGGAUCAAGAAUCCCCUGCUUCAGGUAGCUCUCAAAACCCGGAAACGCCUUCCCUAUUCCCUGCAAUACAGACGGAAGUCAGCUCUGGAGUCCCAGACCCAGAUACACGUCUGAAGAAGUUUCCGGAGCCUCCAGCACCCAAACCACCAGAACAACAAACCAAACUGCCGUCACCUACACACACUCAGAUAACAACAGUAAGAGGCUUUCACAAGCGGCCAGGAAAGCUGGUCAUCUUCCAGCGCUCCCAGUUUGGCGGCAAGGCGUACGAGGUGUUCAGGGAUGUAGACGAUGCCACGUCGUUACAGCUGUCCCCUGUCAUCUCUCUGAAAGCCAUCAGAGGAUGUUGGCUGCUUUAUGAAAAACCAGGAUUCCAGGGACGGAUCAUCGCUCUAGAGGAAGGGCCAACGGAAUUGGUGAAUGAGUGGGCGGAGCCAGAACCUAACCAGGAAGUGGGGCCAGAUGGGAUUCCCAUUCCGACCGCACCGAUGGUGAUUGGUUCCAUUCGUCUAGCCGUGAGGGACUACAGCCUGCCUAAGAUCGAGAUCUUCUCAGAACCGGAGGGAAUGGGCCGGCUGUCCUCGUUCUGUGAUGACAUCAUCGAGCUCGGCUCGUUCGGACGUCCACACAGCGCCGGAUCCAUCAAGGUCCACUCCGGAGUUUGGCUGGUCUUCAGUGAUCCAGAUUUCCAGGGCUUGGUGUCGGUCCUGGCUGUGGGAGAGUAUCCGUGUCCAGAGUCGUGGGGUUUUCCCGAUCCCUUCGUUGGAUCUUUACGUCCUCUCAAAAUGGGCGGCAUCAAAGUGGAAAAUCCCCAAGAAGUCCGGGCCGUGGUGUAUGAGGAGCCUCUGUUCCAGGGCCCCUGUGUGGAAAUCGACACGGAUGUUUACGACAUCUCAGAGGAAGACGAGGAGAAGAAGGAGAACGGUGGCGGGGAGAACGAAGUCCAGGAGAAGAAACCGACCGCGAUCGGCUCUCUGAAGAUCCUCAGCGGCCUGUGGGUGGGCUACACGGACCCGGGGUUCGAGGGUCGUCAGUACGUGUUGGAGGAGGGUGAAUAUGUCGACUGCUCUGAUUGGGGAGGUCUCGGGGACACGCUGCGCUCACUCCGCCCCAUACAGUCGGACUUUGUGUCUCCUCAGCUGAAGCUGUUCAGCGAGUGUGAUUUCAGUGAGAGGAGUCUGAACGCUGACCUUCUCGUCCCCGUCAUGGCCAUGGAGGAGACGGCGUACGGCAACAAGUCCCAGUCUGCUGAAGUCCUGUCUGGAGUAUGGGUGGUGUUUGAGAACCCCGCGUUCUCUGGUGAGGUGUACGUGCUGGAGAAAGGGCUCUACUCGUGUCCAGAGGAUUGGGGAGCUCGCAAUCACAAGAUCUCCUCCAUUCAACCCGUGUUUCUGGAUCAGACUGCUGGACUGCCGAGGUUUAAGGUGCAGUUGUUCUCGGAGCCCGGGUUUCUCGGUGACGAUGUGGUUCUGGAGGAGAGUUCACCGUUCUUGCCGGCCGGAUUCUGCCCUCGAUCGUGUAAAGUCCUCGCUGGAAGCUGGGUGGCGUUUGAAGGGCCUCAGUUCACAGAGAACAUGUACGUGCUGGAGGAAGGAGAUUACUGUAACACUGCCGCGAUGGGCGGAGUCACCACUGACUGCACCAUCCAAUCACUGCACACCAUCGGCCAUGAGUUUUCUCUUCCCUCCGUCACUCUGUUCUGUAAGCCGUGCUUCAGGGGGCGGAAGGUUGUGUUGACGGACAGCUCCUGCAACCUAUCGCUGAGCGGGAUUGAUGGGCGGAGCCAGUCUCUGGUGGUGAACGGAGGAAUGUGGGUGUUAUAUGAAGGGAAGAACUUUCACGGCCGUCAGCUCUUACUGCAGCCCAGUGAAAUCGGCGACUGGAGGAAGUUCAGCGGCUGGAAGCAGAUCGGAUCUCUGCGUCCGUUAAUACAGAAGCCUGUGUAUUUCCGGCUGCGCAGUGCUGAGACCGGCUGUGUGAUGUCUCUCUCCGGGUCGCUGGAUGACAUCAAGCUGCUGAGAGUGCAGGUGCUGGAGGAGAACGGAGGAGAAGAGCAGGUGUGGCUUUACCAACACGGCCUGCUGCACUGCAAGCUGUUGGAGGACUGCUGUCUGGAGCCCUCAGCGGGGAUGAUGAUACCCGGGUGUCGUCUCAACGUCUCCCCAGAACACGGGAAGGACAAUCAGUUUUGGAACAUCACAGCCGACGGCCUCAUACGCUCCAACCUCAAACCUGACCUGGUGCUGGAGGUCAAAGGUGGACAGCAGUACGACAAAAACCAGGUGAUCCUGAACUCGUUUGACGAGCAGAAACCUAACCAGAGGUGGACGGUGGAAAUCCUGUAACACCUGACGUCUAGCGAGAGCUGUGCAAUAACGUCUCCUCUCACAGUGGGCCCUGUGGUGCAGCUCCACCACUGAGACCUAUGAGCCUCACGGUGCAGCUCCACCAGGAGGACUGACUCGAACAAGUCUGUGAGGUCGUUCCUGGAGCCAGGACGUGCCCCAUCCUUCUCACUUUAACAUGCGUCACAGGUGUAAUGCCACAGGAUGGCCACAGGUGGCGCUCAGACACCACAGAUCUGACCCGUCGUUCACUCCAUGCAAUAUUUUACAGUGUUAGAGUAAAAAUGAGGUGUUGAGAGUGUGUGAGCUGUAAACCACUCACCUUUAAGUGCCUGACUUUUUAUUCCCCUGCUCUUCUUCCACUCUGUGUUUCACUGUCGCGUCUUCUGUUGUACAUUUUCUUUUAAAAGCUGUAAAGAAUUCCGCUGUUUUAUUAAGAAUAAAAUGUUUUAUUCGUGUCUCUCAA